GGGACCCGCCACCUCCGUGCGGCUCCCCGCGGGGCGGGCGCUGCGACCCGGCAGGUGGCCACGGGCGAGCGGGCGCGGCGGCGAGCGGAGGGCGCGGGCCCGACCACCGGGCGCCGGGACGCGAUGGCGGCGGCGGAGCCCGCGGGUUCGGCACAGCCGGCGCCGCAGGGGCAGGGCCAGCGGCCCCAGGCGCAGUCCCCGCAGGGACACACGCCGACCCCGCCGCCUCAGCUCGGGGGCGUCGGGGGUGGCAGCAGCAGGCACGAGAAGAGCCUGGGGCUGCUCACCACCAAGUUCGUAUCGCUGCUGCAGGAGGCCAAGGACGGCGUCCUGGAUCUCAAAGCGGCUGCAGAUACUUUGGCUGUGAGGCAAAAAAGAAGAAUUUAUGAUAUCACCAAUGUCUUAGAAGGAAUUGACUUGAUUGAAAAAAAGUCAAAAAAUAGUAUCCAAUGGAAAGGUGUAGGUGCUGGCUGUAAUACUAAAGAAGUUAUAGAUAGAUUAAGAUUCCUUAAAGCUGAAAUUGAAGAUCUAGAAUUGAAAGAGAGAGAACUUGAUCAGCAGAAAUUGUGGCUACAGCAAAGCAUCAAAAAUGUGAUGGAUGACUCCAUUAAUAAUAGAUUUUCCUAUGUAACUCAUGAAGAUGUCUGCAAUUGCUUUAAUGGUGAUACCCUUUUGGCCAUUCAGGCACCUUCUGGUACACAGCUGGAGGUACCUAUUCCAGAAAUGGGUCAGAAUGGACAAAAGAAAUACCAGAUCAAUUUAAAGAGUCAUUCAGGACCUAUCCACGUGCUGCUUAUAAAUAAAGAGUCCAGUUCAUCUAAGCCUGUGGUUUUUCCUGUCCCCCCACCUGAUGACCUCACACAGCCUUCCUCUCAGUCCUCAACUCCAGUGACUCCACAGAAACCCAGCAUGCUGCCUCAGAACCCGCCUGAGCAACAUGUGUCUGAGAGAAGCCAGAAUCUUCAGCAGAUACCAACCACAGAAAUAGGAUCUGCAGGAUCUAUUAGUGGAGAUAUUAUUGAUGAGUUAAUGUCUUCUGAUGUGUUUCCACUCCUACGGCUUUCUCCAACCCCUGCAGAUGACUACAACUUUAAUUUAGACGAUAAUGAAGGAGUCUGUGAUCUGUUUGAUGUCCAGAUACUAAAUUAUUAGAUUCCAUGGAAACUUGGGACUGUUAUCUACCUCUAACUGUGUAACAUUUUAGAUUUCUUAAUAACCUAAGUAUUUAAAAUAAUGAAUGUAACAUCUUUUUAGUUCACUGAUUCUGAAGUGUUCUUCUCUAAUACUUUCUUUUUUACUUCACAAAACUUCAACCAUAAAAACAAAGGGCUCUGUUUCUGGAAAAAAAGAGAUGUUCAUAUCUGCAAACUCUCUUAAUGCCCAAGUAAUUAAUUCUGGGUUUUCAAUUUAUAAUUCUGAAUCCUUCUGUUUCUUCUCAUGAGACAAAGGUGAAACAGACUUUAGGUCAUCAAAAACAAAGUUUUUCAAGGGCUAUUCACUUAUUUGCCUUGUAUUUUAACUGCCAUGAAAUUAUUCCUGCAUGUGUGUUAGUCCAAGGAGAUAUUCACUGCCACUUAAAAGUGAAAGAUGUAAAUGAGGAUAUGUAACUGUUUCAGUGAACAGAUUUUGUGAAGUGCCUUCUGUUUUAGCACUUUAAGUUUAUCAUUUUGUUGACUUUUGACAUUCCACUUUCCUAGACUACAGGAAAGAUCUGUUUAUGUAGUUUGUUUUUAAAAUGUGCCAAUGCCUGUAUAUUAACAAGAUUUUUUUAAAUAAAGUUGUAUAAAAUA